AAAAAAAACUAGCCGACUCAACCUCCUCCUAUAAGAACCCUAAUUUAACCGAUUUAGGGUUUUUCACUCGAGCAGCUUCUCCAUCUUUCAGACAACAGAGGCCGAUCGCACGACUCCGGGGAAAAUGCCGUCACACAAGACGUUCAUGAUAAAGAAGAAGCUCGCGAAGAAGAUGAGGCAGAAUAGGCCAAUCCCUCCCUGGUUCCGCAUGCGUACUGACAACACUAUCAGGUACAACGCCAAGCGCAGACACUGGCGCCGCACCAAGCUCGGCUUCUGAGAGGUGUUAGGUCAUAAUUAUGCGCGCUUUGUGGUUUUUAAGCUUUUAUUAUUUAUUGAAAUAGUUUUCUAGGUUUACUUUUUAAAAAUGAUUGAUAUUCUUUUUAUUAUUUACUUCAGAGGCCAAUUGUAAGGGACACUUUGAAAGUCGGCAUUUUCAUGUUUGAGCUUUUUGGAGUAAUUUGAAAAUGCAGAUUACAAUUUAUUUUUUCCUG